AUGCACACAGUGAUUAGAGCUUUCGUGAAGGUUCAGAGGACGGCCCUGGAGGACGAGCGGGCCAUCGGCAACCUUCCGCUGACCGAGCUGUUUGUGGACAGCCACUUCCCGGCAGCCGAGUCCUCGCUGUACGCCCACAGGCGGCCCGUGCCGGGAAGGAUCUGCUGGCUCAGGCCCCACGAGUUGGUGCCCGAACCACAGCUGCUCGUGAACGGAGUGAGCAGGAACGACAUUGUCCAGGGCGCCCUGGGGGACUGCUGGUUCUUGUCGUCAUGCGCUGCCGUGGCUCAGCGACCGGACCUCAUGCACAGGGUGAUACCCCAGGAGCAGCAACUGUUCGGCUCCGGCUACAAGGGUGCUGUGCGCUUCAACCUGUGGCGAUUCGGACGCUGGGUCGUGGUCUACGUGGACGACCUGCUGCCGACCAGCGACGGGAGACUCAUCUAUUCGCGCUGCUCCGACCCCAGGGAGUUCUGGGUCGCGCUGCUCGAGAAGGCCUAUGCCAAGCUGCACGGAAGCUACGAGGCAUUGGAAGGCGGUCAAGCCAUGGAUGCCAUGGUGGACCUGACGAGCGGACUCGCCGAGCGUUACGACCUCCAGGACGCACCAGCCAACCUCUUUAACUUCUUGCUCAAGGCCUCUGAGCACGGCGCUUUCAUCACCUGCUCAAGAAAGGGCGACUGGUGGCUGGCCACGGCGGCAGACCCCAACGGCCUGGUGUCCGGCCACGCCUACACGGUGAGCGCCGUGAGGAGGGUGCCGCUGCUCAGCGGUCAAGACGCCUGUCUGCUCCGCGUCAGGAACCCCUGGGGCAACGGCAUCGAGUGGAUGGGCGAGUGGAGCGACUCAGAUCCUCAAUGGUCCCUGGUCGACUGCGACACCAAGAAGCAGAUGGAAUGGCGACAGCAUGGGGAUGGGGAGUUCUGGAUGAAGUACGACGACUUCUGCCGCGAGUUCGAAGAGGCUUCCAUCUGCACGCUGGGGCCGGACUUUGACGGCGACGGCAUCCCCGAAAAGCCCGGAGAGGUGCGAGCCAUUCGUGGAGUCUGGGUGGAGGGUAUCAACUCCGGGGGAUCCAGGAACAACCUGGGGCUCUUCAGCAGGAACCCGCAGUAUCUGCUCUCCAUCCGGACGCCCACGAGCAGUCAAGCUUUAUUCAUCGGAGAGGACGUGACGGUGAGCGUGGUGGUGGCGCUGAUGCAGGUGCACCCUCCCCACAGCGCCUUCCUCACCCGGAACCGACUGCGUAUGCACCAGAUCGGCUUCGUCAUCUACCACGCCGUGGACCCUUUCCGGCGGCUGUCCCUGGACCACUUCGCCAAGAACCCCGACGUGGCCAACUCCGGCGCUUAUAUCAACUACCGGGAAGUGUUCGGGCGGUUCGAGCUGCGGCCGGGGCACUACGUCGUCAUCCCGGCCACCUUCGACCCGGGCUGUCCGGGGGCCUUCAUGAUACGGGUGUACGCCAGCAGCCCGUUCCAACUCAGGUGA